UCUGCGAUGCCUGUCCGCGGUCUAUAACCAUACGAAUCAUCGCAUUAAUUGUUUGUGCAGGGCUCCUGCAUUGGGGUCAACUCUUCUCGAUUCGAAUGAUUUAUUCCUCCGCUCUACAUAUGAAAAAGCCCGUGAUACUCGCGGUCGAGGCGUCGAUAACAAUUGAAAUCGAAACAAUCGCCGUGUACAAUCGCGAACGCGUCGGUGAUAGUCGUGUGAUCGAUAAUAAUGUUCGCUAGUGAUACGGAUACGCGAGCCGAGACGUUGAUAGUGUUCAAAACGAAAAUUUAAUACGAGCCCGCCCCCCCUUGACUAAACCAACCCCCCACCCCGCCCCUCUCACACACCCCCUCCAGAGUGGUGUUCAGGUUGUUUGGUAGAGCACGAGACGACGAGGUUCAAGACUUACUCAGGUUAUCGCCAGAGGGGAACAGGAGCACCGUAGGAAAGCAAGACAAGAGGCGAACCGUACGAUGGCAUCGUCCAUGGUGGCUGUUCCUUCGGGGACAGCGUCGGUCCCAGCUGGAACUGGUAUCGCUCAGAGCGAAGAGGUGGAGAACGGAGAUGUCUUCGGCGAACGAAACAUUAACCCUGUUAGCAGCUGCAACGAAAGCUCCAAUACCGGAGACGCCCUAGAGGAGAUUAACUGUGGUAACAGCGAGACCGGUGACCAAGAAUGCGCCAUCUGCGUGGGCAAGCUGUGCUCGCCGCGGGUACUUUCCUGUCUUCACGUGUUCUGCGAGGCCUGCCUCGACAAGCUCUUAAUGGACGAGGCUGGCGAUCCCAAGGUCAGCUCUGUACUGGUCUGUCCCCUCUGCGAACAAGAAACUUCCAUUAGUUCUAAGGGUGCCGCGUCGCUCACGUGCGAUUACGUUCUGACUAAUAUACUCGACAUGUCCGCGAUCGAGAGCAUGGCUGUACUCUGUACCUCGUGUAAAGCCAAAGAGAGCGCGGUCGCACGCUGUUCGGACUGUGCCAACUUCUUGUGCCCCAGCUGCAACUGCGCGCACCAAUUCAUGCGCUGCUUCGAGAGCCACAAGGUGGUGGCCUUCGAGGACAUUAAGAAAUCCAACGAAGCUAUACCGAUACACAAACCUAUUUUUUGCGAGUGUCAUCCUGCUGAGAACAUGAAGUUCUACUGCUACACGUGCCAGGAACCCAUAUGCAACGAGUGUCUGCUGGUCGAACACAAAGCUCCGGACCACCAGUACGAACGAUUGGUAGAUGCAGAGCCACGUCAGAAGGAAGAAUUGAUAAAACUAGUAAACGAAAGCAAAGCAAGAAUCGCGGACUGCGACCAGGUGUCUGCCCAAUUGGAGAAUGCUCUUAGCGAAUUGCAAGCGCAGCACGAUCAAGCCAAGGAUCUGAUCAUAGAGACGUUUCAAAGUUACAAAGCUGUCUUGGAAAAGUGUCGCGAUAGCGCUUUGGUGGAGCUUGAGAAAUUGCAUUCGGACAGAGAACUGGAAAUAAUGGAUACGUUUCAUAGUGUUGAGAAAACUGUGGAGAAGAUAGAGGAUGCUUGUCGUUUCACUUCGAGGCUCUUGGAGCACGGCGACGCUGUGGAGAUUCUAGCGCUUCGUCGCAUCGUAGGAACGCAAUUAAUGAAUUUAAUUAAAAACACACCGAAGCCAAAUGUUUCUUUUUCCAUUGAAUUUCAGACCGACUAUAAUCAGUUUGAGAAAACUGUAAAGGAAGUAUUUGGGAAAUUUCACACCGAAAGCACGCCGGCGACAAAACCUGCUCCUGAAACGAUCUCGACCGUACCAGGAGUCUCAACGAACCAGCAAAUUGUUCAUACCUCGAUGGGCUGUCCACGUUCCAUUAGCACAAGGUCUCCCAUAUCUCUUCCUGCGUCGAUGCAAUCCUCUUUCGAAGGUGAACCUUCCUUCGUUAUACCCCCAACGUCCAGUCCCCAGACCAUCCAACCACCCCCACCACCUGUAUCCCUUCCUCCAGGUUCUAUCCAUGGUCUCACCAGCAUCCAAGAGUACAAUCUUCAACAACUAGCUAGUUUAGCGGAGAAGGUUGAGAUGGUUGGAAACACAAACGUGGUUGGGCCUAGCUCAAAUCCAAGCCCGACCUCCCCUUUCACUCUGGCAGACUUGUUCGCUGGUGAUCUUAACUCCACCAACCAUGCGAUCAAUAAUCUGCAGGCCCUUGCAAAGUUGGGGAACACGCUUGGCAAUCAAGAUCUUGGAAACACAACGAUCAAUGGUGGCAGCGGUUUAGUACUGGGCAGAGGUCCCUCCCCAGCUAUCGUGGAUACCCCAAGUUUAAGUCUAGCUGCCAACAGUCUUUUGAACGGAGGCUUUCAGUCGUUAUCCUCUUCUACUUCGCCCAUACUUUCGCAGGGUGCCGAUGAAUUAAUUGUGGAUUCCAUGCAUAACAUGCCCGUGGUGGUGGGGAAUAGUGUUGGCAACGUGACCGGGUCAGGAUCUGGAAACUACGCUCAUCCUCGUUCGAACAAUGCCAAAUUAACGCCUAUGCAUAUCAGAUGCAAAUUUGGCCAGUUGGGUCCCGCUGAAGGGCAAUUCAGCUCGCCUCAUGGAUUCUGCUUAAGUGCUGAGGAAGACAUUAUCGUCGCCGACACGAAUAAUCACAGGAUUCAGAUAUUCAAUAAGACUGGUAUUUACAAAUUCGAAUUUGGUGUUCCUGGGAAAGAAGAGGGCCAGCUGUGGUUCCCUAGGAAAGUAGCGAUGAUGAGGAACAGUGGGAAAUUUGUUGUCUGUGACCGUGGGAACGAACGAUCCAGGAUGCAGAUAUUCACAAAGAACGGUCACUUCAUCAAGAAAAUAGCAAUUCGUUACAUCGAUAUCGUAGCUGGCCUAGCUGUCACUAGUGAGGGUCAUAUUUUGGCUGUUGAUAGUGUAUCGCCAACAGUGUUCGUGAUCAGCGAUACUGGAGAUCUUCUGAGGUGGUUCGACUGCAGCGAAUAUAUGAGAGAACCAAGUGAUAUUGCAAUUAGUGGUAAAGAAUAUUUUGUCUGCGACUUCAAGGGACACUGUGUAGUGGUCUUCAACGAGGAAGGCAAGUUUUUGCGUCGCAUUGGCUGUGACAAUGUAACAAACUUCCCAAACGGGAUUGAUAUUAGCGAUGCAGGAGACAUAUUGAUAGGAGAUUCGCACGGCAAUCGUUUUCACGUGGCUGUCUUUUCAAGAGCUGGUUCCUUGAUAUCAGAGUUCGAAUGUCCAUAUGUCAAGGUCUCUCGAUGUUGCGGCUUGAAGAUUACCUCCGAGGGAUAUAUCGUGACUUUGGCUAAAAAUAACCACCACGUCCUCGUACUCAACACUCUUUACAUAUCAUGAAGCGAGGAAGCAGACCAAGCAAGUAUGCCACAGUAAUCUCCUGUGAGUGGAAACGUCCUCGCGUGUGUACGCUCCACUCUCGACAAAAAGACGAAUCGACGAUUAAAUGCCCAGCGGCAUCGAAUUCAUUUUGAGAUUUGGGCCUACAGAAGCAAUAGACAAACAAGUGCAGCGUGCAGCUUUAAUAGUAAAAGCAAGACAAACAACACAAAACAAAAAAAAAAGGUUAUUUAAAAAAUGAAAAAACUUUCUGUUUCUUUUUUUUUUCUUUUUUUUUUU